AUGACGCCGCGUAUGCUGCUGCUGACGCUAGUGCUCGUGGCUUCUCCUGUUAAGUCAUUGAUUAACUCCUUCGUCAAUUCUGAGGCGACUACUGUUGUUAAAGAGCGAAAUUUGCAACGCAAUCUGGUUGAUGACCAGGUGCGAAUAAUGUUCUGUACAGCGUGCGGCUACGAGCAGAAUUUCCAUCAGGUCAAAAUAUAUCUGGAGGAUACAUUCCCCCACUUGGUGGAUAGAGUGUAUGGGGCGAACUAUGAAGCCGAUUCGUUCAAAAUGAUGCUGGCACGGAUUCUGGGAUACGCACAAAUGGUGGCGAUACCGCUGCUUUUAUUUGGUGAUUACCUAUUACCGAGUUUGGGAGUAGUAAAUGUCUCGAUGCUGCGCUGGGCACGAGAGAAUCGCAUUGUGGCUAUAUUUAUUGUCGUGGCGAUGGGGGCCUUGGCAAGUAGUUUGACGGCAUCUGGAGCAUUUGAGAUUUACUUCAAUGACGAUCUGAUCUUUUCUAAACUUCAAACUGGGCGGUGGCCGACGCUGCAGGAGGUUUCCGAUUCAAUCAAAAAGUAUGGACUGCUUGAUAGCGUAGCUGAUUGA